AUGAAGAGCCAAGAGUCUAUGUUCGAAGCAUGGGAGAGAUUCAAUGCUUUGUUGAAGAAGUGUCCUAACCAUGGGUUGUCUCCGGGCCAUCAAGUGAGCCUUUUCUAUAAUGGAUGCUCGGAAUUUAUCAAAAGUCAACUAGACUUUGGUUCGGGGGGAUCAUUCUUGGACAAAGGGGUUGAUGAGUGCAAGAAGAUGCUUCAAAGGCUUGCAUACACUAGCAAGAGUUGGAGCUCGGGUCGAGAUGGCUCUAUGCCGGUAGCUUCGGUUGUUGAUUCGGAUGCAUUCAAUCUCCUCAACCAACAAAUGAUGAUUCUCAAUCAAAAGGUGGAUAGCAUAAGUUUGGGGAUGACACCCAAUGUAGAGCCUCAACCUACCGUAGAGGAUGUUAAUUAUGUGCAUCAAGGAGGAAAUCAAAGGAACUUCUACAAUUAUCGCCCCAACAAUGGGGGUGGUAAUUAUCGUCCAUCCUUCAAUACACAUCCAAAUCUUUCGUAUGGGAAUCCGAAUAAUGCUAUUCAACCAAGUGGGGUUAACAAUUCACCUAGCACUUCAAAGUCUUCAAGUGAUGUUACCAAUGAGCUUCUAAAAGCUUUGAUGGAGAAGACCGAUGGGAUUAUGGAACACUCUACCAAGAGGAUUGAUAAAGUUGAGACGGCGGUGGUAGAAGUUGCUACAAGAAUGGGGGCCUUGGAGCACCAAAUGAGUCAAAUUGCUCAAACCGUGGGUCAACUUCAUCAACCGGGGCAAUUCCCAAGCACUACAAUUCCAAAUCCGAAAGAUUGCAAGGCAAUCUACUUGAGGAGUGGGACAAGUUAUGAGAGUCCUCCUAUGCCCGAAGUGGAAGCUAAGGAAGUACCCGAAGAAGAGAAAGAAGAAGAGGAAAUAGAGGUGGAGUCACCUAAUAUGCCAUCCGAGGGUCAACCCGAGACAAUUAUUCCUCCCAAGCCCAUGGAAGUCAAAAUUCCUUUUCCUCAAGUGGUGCACAAGAAGAAAUUAGAUGAGAAGUUUGCAAAGUUCCUUGAGAUCUUCAAGAGGGUGCACCUCAAUAUACCUCUCAUUGAGGCACUCCAACAAAUGCCCGGCUAUCUCAAAUUCUUGAAGGAGAUUAUGUCAAAGAAGAAGAAGUUGGUUGAUUAUGAAACCGUGAGCUUGACCGAGAAUUGUAGUGCAAUCAUCCAACAAAAGAUGCCGGCAAAGAUGAAAGAUCCAGGAAGCUUCAACAUCUCUUGUGUGAUCGGGAAUGAUAGGCAAACCAAGGCCUUGUGUGAUUUGGGGGCAAGCAUAAAUCUUAUGCCCUUAAGCUUCUUCCGGAAGUUAAAGUUUGGUGUUUUGAAGCCGACUACCAUCACCCUUCAAAUGGCGGAUAAGUCCGUCAAGUUCCCCAAUGGAAUUCUUGAAAAUGUCUUAGUAAGGGUGAAUGAUUUUAUCUUCCCCGUGGACUUUGUAGUCUUGGACAUGAAGGAGGAUCCUAAUGUUCCUCUCAUUCUUGGAAGACCAUUCCUUGCAACCGGGAAAGCUUUAAUUGAUGUCACCAAGGGAGAACUCACCCUUAGGCAUGGAAACAAGACGGCUAUCCUCUCUAUGUUAGACAAGAUGAAACGCCAUGAAAUGGAAGAAUCCAAGAGAGUAGAAGAGGUGCCUUUGGAAAUUGAAGAGUGCAAGGUGAUACAAGUGUCUAAGGAUGUUGAAGUUGAGAAGCCAUUGGAGGAGAUCUUGGUCCCUAAUUGGUUUUUUGAGCUUGAGAAUGAAACAAGUUUGGGGGAGCAAAAGAAGGAGGUGCCAAAAUGGGCAAAUGGUGAAUCUCAUGGAGUUGACCUUGGAGAAAAUGACAAGCCUAUUUGGUGGAAAAAGCGGCUAAACAAGCUCUAUUUGGCCGCAAAAGCUAGGACGGGCCCCGAUGAGGUGAUCCAAGUGAGCUUGGACCAUUAA